UGAUGACGCAGUACGUUACAUUGAUGAGCCUCGGGAAACAUGUCGGCGUCUGAGACAACGACGAAGGAGCCUCCUGGUGGAAAUGACACUGAGACGCUUUCAGAGUCGUUAGCUGGGCCAAGUCAAGUAAAAGGAGAUAAUGAAUUCUUCACCACGCCUGCUGUUGACAAGAAGACCGAGCCCGUGUGUGGGAUGCCAUCAAUGUUGUCAUCAAAGCCGCCUGGGAAGGAUGCUUUGAGAGCUGGCGAUGAGGGACUGAAAUGGUCCCCCGCCUCCUCCCCAACAAAACCAGCAGCUGGACACGCAGCAAAGUCCCUUUCAUCAAUGUCCUCUUCUUCGUAUUCUUCCUCUCCUUCCACAUCUUCAACGUUGUCUCCUGGCCGAGCAAAAAUGAGUGUUUCUGGACCUGGCAGUAGUAAAGUCGUCCUGGCACCUGCUCCUUCCUCAUCUGUCUCACCCUCCUCAUCUUCCUCCUCAUCUUCCUCCUCGUCCUCUGCCACAGCCUCCUCAUCUCCCUCUGUCUCCCCUGCCCUGACCAAGAUCCACCGGGCCCGCAAGACCAUGAACAGGCCUCCGCCAGGGCAGAUGAGCCAAGUUGAUGCACCUGUCGAACCUGUGACACCUUCAGAAUCCUCCAACUCGGAAACGGUUGCAAAAAGGAGGAAACUGGGUCAGUUAUCGGAUGGGACACCUGAGACGUCAGAGCACGUUCCAGGAAAUGUUCCAACAAUGGGAGAACAAUUUUUCCAUAAAAAGGUGGAGUGUGUUGCCAAGAAAACACCAGAGAAGAGCAACGGCAGUAUGGGGGAGUCAGAGGAGGAAGUAGCGGAGAAAACUCACGUUUCCAGUCCGUCUGCUCAAGAUUCAGGAAAGUUUGAAGAUGGUGUGGCAGAAACGGGAAAGCACACUAAAGAGAUCGAGUCGUCGGUGAACACGUCAGAUCAUAGUUCUGAGUGCAAAACAAAAGGAGCCGUCAAAAGUGGAGCUGAGUGCGAGGAGUCGGUUUGGUUGCAGUCGAACCAGAACAAAGAGAGAAACCCACCUGAGGCUGAGACUGUGGAAGGAGAAAGGCCCCCUGAGUACACGGAGGUUCCUCUGGGUGCUCUGGACAUCGCUGCUGCUGACAGUCUGACACUUUCUCCUCAUUACGAAGGAAGUGAUGCGGGAGACACAGAGCGGCUGGAAGAGCUUCCUCUGUGCAGCUGCAGGAUGGAGGCGCCUCGGGUCGACAGCACCAGUCACCGCGUGAGCAGACAGUGUAUGGCCACGGAGAGCAUCAAUGGAGAGCUGAGGGCCUGUUCUGAUCGGACGCUAAAAGGGGAGACCAUGCGGCCGUCCAGUCGUGUGUCCCUCAUGGUGCUUUGUGAAGUCCACCGCGCACACAUGGUCAAACACCACUGCUGUCCUGGGUGUGGAUACUUCUGCAUAGCGGGCACAUUUCUUGAGUGCUGCCCGGACCAACGCAUCGCUCACCGCUUCCACCGGGGUUGUGUGACGGUGCUGGGCAGCGGGCGCAGCAGGGCAAAUGGCGGCGGUAUGCUUUUCUGUCCACACUGCGGAGAAGAUGCCUCUGAGGCCCAAGAGGUCACGAUCCCAUCUUUCAGCUCUGCCACUGCCCUGGCUACCACCGUCGUUACAAUGUCGGCCUCCUCCACCACCACCCCGUCGCUGCCGCCCUCCCUCCCCAAAGCACCCUCCCUCAGGGCCUCGACAGGGGGGAUGAAGGACGGGAAGAUGCCCGAACGACCCGUCAGUGCACGUAUGCAUAGCCAUGGUUUGGUGACGCUGGCAGUGGAGCAGCAGCAGCAGCAGCAGCAGCCGCCGCAGCCUGUAGGCUCUGCUGCAGCCAUCGCCAGCGUCCCUCCAGCAGAGGAGGGUGUGGACAGCGUGGGGCCCUCUCUCUGUAUGCCAAAUGGGAAACCCAUCAGCCCGAGUGCACUUCCCCCUGGGCCCAGCAGGGCGUCCCUGCAGAAGGCCAUACUCACACAAGACACAGAGAGGAAGAAGAAACUGAGGUUCCACCCACGUCAGCUUUACCCUGCUGCCAAGCAAGGAGAAGUGCAGAGAGUCCUGCUCAUGCUGAUGGAGGGCAUAGAUCCGUCAUACCAGCCCGACUCUCAGAAUAAGCGCUCUGCUCUACAUGCUGCCGCUCAGAGAGGUCUGCUGGAAGUCUGCUACGUUCUUAUACAGGCCGGUGCUCAAGUGAAUGCUCAAGACAAGGACCGUAGGACCCCUCUGUUGGAAGCCAUCAUCAACAACCACAUUGAGGUGGCUCAUUAUCUGAUUCAGAACGGUGCCUCCGUCUAUCACGUUGAGGAGGACGGAUAUACCGGCCUCCACCACGCAGCCAAGCUUGGAAACCUGGAAAUUGUCAACAUGCUUCUAGAGACGGGGCAGGUUGAUGUAAAUGCACAGGACAGCGGUGGCUGGACACCGAUCAUCUGGUCUGCAGAACACAAACACGUAGAUGUGAUAAAAGUGCUGCUGAACAGAGGAGCGGACGUCACCAUUAGCGAUAAGGAGCUCAACGUGUGUCUCCACUGGGCGGCUUAUGCGGGGAACGUGGACAUAGCAGAGAUGGUGUUGAACUCUGGCUGUUCCCUCGCCUCAGUUAACAUGCACGGAGACACGCCGCUCCACAUCGCCGCCAGAGAAGGCUUCUUGGAAUGCGUCACGUUGUUCCUGUCCAGAGGUGCAGACAUUGACAUCAUGAACAGGGAAGGAGACACGCCUCUCAGCCUGGCACGGGUCGACACGCCAGUGUGGGUGGCACUUCAGAUCAACAGGAAGCUGAGAAGGGGAAUAACCAAUCGCAUGCUUCGGACCGAGAGAAUCAUCUGCAGUGACAUUGCACAGGGCUACGAGAACGUGCCGAUACCCUGCGUGAACGCAGUGGACGACGAGGGCUGUCCUUCAGACUACAAAUACGUUUCGGAAAACUGUGAAACUUCAGCAAUGAACAUAGACCGCAAUAUUACACACUUGCAGCACUGCGGCUGCUCUGAUGACUGCUCAUCUAGUAACUGCCUCUGUGGACAGCUCAGUAUCCGCUGCUGGUACGACAAGGACCAACGGCUGCUGCAGGAAUUUAAUAAAAUUGAACCUCCACUUAUAUUUGAAUGCAACAUGGCGUGUUCUUGCUAUCGAACGUGCAAGAACCGGGUGGUACAGGCAGGCAUCAAAGUGCGUCUUCAGCUCUACAGGACAGAGAAGAUGGGCUGGGGUGUCCGAGCUCUGCAGGAUAUUCCACAAGGAAGCUUCAUCUGCGAAUACGUCGGCGAGCUCAUCUCUGACGCAGAGGCAGACGUCAGGGAGGACGACUCCUACCUGUUUGAUCUGGACAACAAGGAUGGGGAGGUGUAUUGUAUUGACGCUCGGUACUAUGGCAACAUCAGCCGCUUCAUCAACCACCUGUGUGACCCAAACCUCAUCCCAGUACGUGUGUUCAUGCUGCACCAGGACCUGAGAUUUCCCCGAAUCGCCUUCUUCAGCUCCAGAGACAUCCACAGCGGCCAAGAGCUGGGAUUUGACUAUGGAGACCGCUUUUGGGACAUUAAGAGCAAGUAUUUCACCUGUCAGUGUGGAUCAGAGAAAUGCAAGCACUCGGCCGAAGCCAUCGCCUUAGAGCAGAACCGACUGGCUCGACUGGAGUCUUGCCCAGAAUCAGGAGCGGACUGUGGGAUGACCAUGCUGGGAAACUCAUAGAAUACUCACCACGGGGGCCUUUGGGUUGGCCUCAUCCAUUUCACGUGUCUUCAAUGGAAAUGCACUUUUGUUUUAAGAUCUUUAAAACGCUGUGUGUGGUGCAUGGUGCUGUUUUUCUUUUCUACUUGAAACGUCCUUAUUUUUCCUGUUUACUGUAGAUUGUGUUCCGCAUGGUACCUAAACAAAUGUUUUAAACUUUUUGAUUUUGAACAUACAGUAUACUGUAUAGACCACUGUCUCUUUGUCUUGACUUAAAGUUUGUUCUUUAGGAGACUGCCAUGUAACUGUCACAUCAGUACAGUAAUGGGUCAACCCAAAGCCUGCUGGAUUCAAUAAGGACCUGUGUAUAUCAUUGUUUUUUUGUAUUAUUAUUAUUAGCGUUAUUUUCUUUAUUUUUAUACAUAUUGUUUUCUUUAUCACAUUUAGUGUAAUAAAUUAGCUCAUGAGUUGA